AUGUCCAGUGCAACGGAAAUUCCUCGCGGGGAUAUCACAGUUCCAUUAAACUUCUAUGGACCUCCAGCCGAUGGCUCCGAGCCUUACUUCAUCGUUAACAAAGAAGAUGGCAAUAAACCAGAGUUCAACUUUUCGGACAACAGCGUAGACGUCACUAUACAUGAUAUACGCAGCUCUGAGAACACUUUCUGCAUAGACCAUGACGCAUUCCAGGUUGUAACAGAUGCACCCCCGCCAUCGGAGGUAAUAGACUUCACGGAUGAUGAAUACAUCAGGGCGAAUUACUAUCCCGAGGUCAAACAAUCGAUCUUGGAAAAACUGCCGGGCGAUAUCCAGAUCUUCAUUUAUGACCACACCGUGCGCCACCAAGCUGAGGGAGGAGCGCAGUAUCGAUCUUUGACCAGGGUCCAUAUCGAUCACACGACAAACAAUGCUAUUCGACGUAUGCGACAAUUCUUUCCCACAGAGGCAGACCGCCUCUUGCAAAGUCGUUACCACAUUGUCAAUGUGUGGCGGCCACUGAACAAAAAGCCACUCGAGUCAUAUCCACUUGCCUUUGCGUCGGCCUCGACAUUCGACACCGCCGAUGUGAUACUCAUACAACAUCGAUAUAAGGAUGGAAGCAUAGUCACAGAAGUAGGCCUUAUAAAACACAGUUCUAGUCAAGCCUGGUACUACUCUAGUGGCAUGGCAGACCGCGAGAGAAUACUACUCAAGUUUUUUGACAGCGACUCAUUGGAAGAGGGCUCCGAGAUUGCAUGUAAAACCCCCCAUACUGCGUUUAGGGACCCUAGGAUUAAAUCAAGUGCUGUUUCUAUUUCUCUUACUUAG